GUGGGAAGGCGCAGGGAGCCCACGCCGGCAGGCGCUGUCAGGGGCCCGCUCUUCUUCCCAGGCGCCUCAGACGGGGCCGUGCUGCUGGCAGCCCCGCCCCGCAGAGCGCACAGCUCCGAGGGGCCUCACCCCGAGCCGCGCCGCGGGCGCCGCAACCUCUCCCCCGAGCUUCCGCAGCCCGCUCGCGCCGACCGCGCUGCGCCGCGGGGCCGGGCCGCCAGGCGGAGCCCCGGGGUCCGACCGCCAGGGGGAGCCGCGGGGCCCCACCCUCCGCUGCGCCUGCGCCGGCGCCGCGCACGAGCCGGAGCCGGAGCCCGAGCCCGCCGCGCGCGCGCGCGCGCGCGCCCGCCCCGCAAGUGCGCCUGCGCGGAGGUCGUGGCCGCGCCCGCUCCCGCCGGGGGCUCGUCGCUGGGCGGCCGGGCCAUGGGGGAGGCCGAGGUGGGCGGUGGCGGCGCGCCGGGCGACAAGGGGCCAGGGGAGGCGGCCACCAGUCCGGCUGAGGAGACGGUGGUGUGGAGCCCUGAGGUGGAGGUGUGUCUCUUCCACGCCAUGCUGGGCCACAAGCCGGUCGGUGUCAAUCGGCACUUCCACAUGAUCUGUAUCCGGGACAAGUUCAGCCAGAACAUCGGCCGGCAGGUCCCAUCCAAGGUCAUCUGGGACCACCUGAGCACCAUGUACGACAUGCAGGCACUGCACGAAUCUGAGAUUCUUCCAUUUCCAAAUCCAGAGAGGAACUUUGUCCUUCCGGAAGAAAUCAUUCACGAAGUCAGAGAAGGAAAAGUGGUCAUUGAAGAGGAAAUGAAGGAAGAAAUGAAGGAAGAUGUGGAUCCCCACAACGGGGCAGACGAUGUUUUUUCGUCUUCAGGAAGCUUGGGGAAAGCAACGGAAAAGUCCAGCAAAGACAAGAACCCCUCAGACUUGGGGUCCAAGGAAGGGGCGGACAAGCGGAAGCGCAGCCGGGUCACCGACAAGGUCCUGACGGCCAACAGCAACCCCUCCAGCCCCAGUGCUGCCAAGCGGCGCCGGACGUAGACGUGGCUCAGCCUGGGGUGGGGGGUGGGGGGUGGGGGCGGCGGCGGCGGCGGCGGCGGCCACUGGCCAGAUGCUACCCGCCCCCCGCCCGCCACCCUGCCUCAGGCACCUGCGGCCCCCACAGGGCCGACCGCCACCACCUCCGGAGGCCCCCAGGGACCAGGGCCGCAGCUCAGGUGCGGAGAGCUGGGAGCCAGGCGUCCUUUCUGCGCCCCCGCGCCGUCGGGCCAGCUCCGUCUGCGCCGGUGUGCGGGCCGCGCUGCGGUCCAGGCUCCGCGGAGCCGGGCGAGGGGCACGGACGAGGCCUGCACUGGCGGGCAGGAAGCCCGUCUCGCUGUGCCCUUGAGGAGCGCGCUGCCCGUUUGUCCGUCUGUCCAUCUGUUGGCCGCUCUUCCCGAGCUGGCUGCCACGUCGGGAGAGAAGAACUCAGGCCACCGUGUGGCAGACCGGCCCCCCGCCUGAGAAACGGAACUGGACGUCGGGCCUCAUUCGCUUGUGCUGUAACGAUGUAUAGAACCGGGCGGUGGUUCACUAUUUAAUUUUUAAGAAGCCUAUUUUACUAGUGUUUUAUAUGCAAACCACACUGCAGAAGCGAAACUUGCGUUGUAUUUUUCCUGAGAUGUUUUGUGUUAAGGUCACAACUACUGAGACACUUUUCGCUCAGUUUUUAUAUGCCAGAAACAGGAUUUGUAGCGGCUAUUUUUGUAUCAUCAGGUAACUUGCAAACAGACCAAAUGAGUGAGUGGAGGGAAGGGGCCCGGGGCCCAGGGUUGCCUGAAAUUCUGUCGUUUGAGUGCGGAAUAUUAAAGCACAGAGCAGCA